AUGGCGGAGCAACCCAGUAGUAGCUUGAAUGAAAUCCAGGCCUUGCAUUCAGACCUUCUUGCACUAUCAAACUCCCGUCUUUCGAACCUUGACCGACUAGCUAUUGAACUCGAAGCUCAUAUUACAGCUUUUCGUAACCUCCUGAACCAGAAGAAUCGAAAUGAGCAAAGUCGGCAGAGUAUCACAAAGGAAAUCUUCGAGCGAGAUGGGCAGAUAUACAAGAUUAACGAGGACUUCCAACAGGGAACCUUUCAACUAGCAGAUGAAUUGAACCUUGAUGAAAUUGAAGCUUCCCAAAUCUUUUUCGACGCACGAGACGAUGCCGAUGCGACAGGACGUUCAGUUUUGUCAUGCUCUAUAAUACGCUUUCAUCAGCGACGAAAGCUUUUGUUGGACUGCUUGCGUCUUACUCUUCAACAAAUUGCUGAGUUGGAAGGCAAUUCGGAACAGGAGCAGGAACUGAAGACAUUUCUAGAACAUAUCAUCAAAGAAACUAUCACUCCAACUACGGCCACUACUACAAACACAACGAGAAAUGCGCCAACGUUCAUAUCAAAAUGUAUUUCUGCCAUGGGUGAUAUCAGACAGUGGCUUCAAAAGAUUUCGGACAAAGUUAGUAGUGCGUCUGUAUUAGGGCAGCCAUCGCAGCCAGAGCUUUUGGAAAUCAUGGAGUAUCAGCGACACAGUCUUAUCAAACAACAUGAGUUACUAGGCGUCAUUAUACUCUAUCUGGUGAAAGCCGAUCGUUCUAGCGUGGAAGAUUUUGAGCUACUACUUGGAGUUUUGAAGAAAGCGGAUAAGUAUGAUAAUGUUUUGGUGCACCAUUUUCCAGCUCUAGCUGCUUAUAUUUGGCGCUUUGGUUCUCCAGAAGGUGGAUCAACGAUACAAGAUGCAAGAGCGCUGGACAAGAAGAUUAACGUUAAAACCGACCAGAAUGCAUGGGUAUUGCCUUAUGCUCAUGCCGCAUUUCGAGCAUGGUGGCUGGCGGAAUAUAGUGGGUGGUAUGUUGAACAUCAUGAUGGAUUACCACAUGGCAUUAAUCUUGAAGAAGAAGCCAAACAGCGAUCUCAACAGUUCAACGAAGCUUUGAAAGAUGGAGCUUUCGAUUUCUUGUUGUCUCUUUCUGCUGAUGUCAAAGCCGCAAGCUGGACAGAACCGUCACGUCAAGGAUUUCGGUUGUGGCUACAGAGAAAAGCUCCUCAGCUUUUGUCCGAUUCGGUCUCUUUCUCUGAUUUUUUUGAAGAUCAAUUUAUGGAGCAACUACAGACAUUUAUCGAAAGUUUCAUAACGAACUUGCCAGACGUGUUAAGGAAGUUGAGGAUAGAUGAGGAUGAGCAACGUCAACUCAGUCAUGAGCAUGAGCACGAUCUAGAUCUAGAGCGAUUUAUAAUUGUCAUCUCUUAUGCCUUUGAUGGACGCCCAAAAGCUGCUUUGGACGGAUUUUGGGAUGUUCCAGAUGGUGUGUUAAUCGGUUUCAUGUACUGGGCUUCGCGGCGUGCUUCAACCCCGCUGGUCUCGGCAUUCUGUGAAAUGCUCCAGGCAAUUUCGGGUGAUGAUGAGUGUGCAACUGCUGCGCACGAAUUUCUGCUUGACGAAAGCCCUCAAGCUGGAAAAAUGAAACGGGCUCAUGCACUCACGUGGAAUCAGAUAUUCAAAGAACUAACGUUUUUCACCAAUAAACUUCGAGAUCAACCAGUACCACAAGCUCAGGCUUAUCGCCAUGGGAAGCCAAAUCACGACCAAGCAGAAUUAGAGCCAGAAUCUUAUAUUAUGCUAGAGUCUUAUCUCCGCCUCAUAUCUCAACUCUGUUCGCAUAGUGCAGUCGCCAGGCAAUUUUUGAUGCAGCAUCCAUCGUAUCAGCUUACAGACCUGCUUUUCCAACUUGCAUCCAGUUCGAUACCAUCGCGAUUCAGAGCUGGUGCUUUCACAGCACUGCGUUCUUUGCUAAGUAACAAAACGAAAGCGGCAGCCGAGUACUUGUGGACAGCUCUUGACAUCUGGGUCUCCGGGGAUACGUGCAUAAUCCCAGCACCCAAAGAAAUACAGCUCCUCCGUCCUACGCACCUGAUGCAAUUCUCCGCAAGGUUUGAAGAACCAGAUGCAUUCAUCCUACUUCUCCAUGCUCUUGUACUACCUUACGAAGAAGAUAGUGCCCUACGAGAUGGCUUACCAUUCCCCGAACUUCUCGGAACUUCCAAUCGCAUGCCUGGAAUAGAUCCAUAUGUCGAUUUCGCCGUUGGCCAAGUGUUUGGAUCUAAAAUGAGUGAGAUAAUGGAUCCCAUACAGCUGAGACUAUUACAAUUGACUUGUCUUACUUUCAUUACAACUUGCUUGGAGACUUUCAAUGAAGAUCUCGUGAUAUUUGCAAAUCGUUCUAACAUCUCAGUUGACACUGCUAUAAAAACUUCCGAUCUACAAACUUACGUUUUAUUACAUCCAUUUUCUAGGGUGAUGGAGUGGAUGUACAAUUCCAGCGUAAUGGAUGCGAUAUUUGCUGCAAUUCACCAAGACGUUAACGAAGUUGCCAGCGCGGCUCCUGAUUCACCAUCAAUCAUGUGUCUCCUCCAAGGGAUACGUGCAGUGACCUUGAUUAUGGAUCUGCAACCAACUUACCGAGAUAUCGUUCGACCUCUAGUUAAGCAUCAGGCUAGCCAUCGUCGCGCCCCAGUUCCAAACACCGCGUACGCAUCUUUUGAAGACGGAGUACUCAAUCACUUAAGUAUCAUUCCUGAUUUGGGCUUAUACUGUAGCUCCGGCAAUCCCGAAUUGGUGAUAGCAUCUCUGAAACUGCUCGAAAAACUUUCUGCCUCGCCACGGCUCGCCCCUGCUCCCAAAACAGGUAGCAGAAGGAUCGACCGUAAUAAAGCAAUUGCUGCUCUAGAGGAAAAUAAUGCGGCGGAGGCUAUUUCACGCACACUCCUGCAAGAGACUGAAGCAAGUAUUGAUGAGACCCAAGGCCAAACGUCCGAUUCAUAUAUCAUCAAAGUCCAAAUACUGGAUUUCCUUAUCGCCUGUCUCGAGGCGUGUCCAGGUCAGACUACAAUAGCUCAUUUACUUCUCGGUUUCCAGUGCAGAGAUGAUCAUUUAGAAGUCGAUAUGGAUUCCCUUUUCAGCCGUCGGAUUUCGCUCUUCCAUUCGAUAUUAAGGUUGGCUAAUGAUAUAUCUCUCGAGGGUGAGGGAAACAUCUCUUCAUGGCUUGUCUCCUUAAGAUAUAAAUGCCUGCGACUACUUAAACAACUAUGGUAUUCGCCCAUUUCAUCAAGCCUUGUUAUGAUAGAGAUGCGGGCCAAUAAUUCAUUUUUCGAAAUGUUUAUCAGACAAACUUUGAUUACGCCAGGGUUGUUGUGGGAUGGCCGAGAUCUCGCAGACCCUGAAUUUUUGGACGCGACUUCCGCCUCCUGCCUCUCAAACUUUUUAAAUCAACGCGCCAACGUCUUGCAAUACACAUCUGCUGAGUUACGCCAGAUAGCACUCAGCCAUCUGCCUUCUCUGAAGGAACGAAUGUUUAACACACUACUUGGGUCAACAAUUGUGGAAGAAGGCCAACAGGUUGAUAAUUGUUCCGUUUUUGAUCUUUUCGACUUCAUGGAUAUACCUUUGAAUCAAUCGAUCGCCCUUCGCUCGUUAUCCUGGUUCAAAGAUAUCGAUGUCAGCGUCUGUGAGGAGGUCCAUACCGAUUGCCCUCCAUUAUUCAACAUGAUGAAACUUGAAGAGCUUCUCACUUUACGAAGAUCUGAGCUCGCCGCUUUGAAGAGACUCGAAAAUCCUCAAGAUGUAGUUGUAUUCAAUAACGAAGCCCAAAUGAUGUUCAACUACUAUUUUAUCGAUAACAAAUUGAAGGAACUGAGAGCAGCUCGGCACAAGGCGCUGCAAUCUUGGGUCCAAUUAUUACUCGUGAUGGUAGAGACCAUGUCUUAUGACGAACCGACCAAGAUAGUUUUUGUAUUGCAGACUUUGCAAAUAAUUCUACCCCGGCUAGAAAACUGCCUAGAAAAUGCAGCUGAUGCGUUAGAGCUAGCUAAACUCACCAAGGCACUCUUGUUCAGCUUGAAUCUAGAUUCCAACACUUUCAAGGAAGGUGACUUGGGACAAAAUCUAAGCGAUAAGCUCUUCCACGUGUUCGAAUUGUCGCUUAGAGCUAUAAAUGCCGUCGGUGCUAACGGUUCCUUAAAAGAAAUUUUCUAUAGUAUCAGCUAUCGCUAUCUUACAGGAACGUCAGAAACUGAAGUUCCAGCUCUUUCCGAAAUAAAUAGCCUCAACGGCGACACGUAUCGUGCCGGUCGAAGCAAUCAAGCUCCUGCUCCUGCUCUUGUUCCUGGGCUACGCAAACCGCAUAGUACGCAGACAGUCAAACUGGCUGGUGAUCGAUUAAUAGAUAUAAUCUGUGAUGAUGCUUUGGUCGGAGAACAGAACUGCAGAAUUGCAGCAUUGCUACUUCUUGGGGCCUUGGUGAAAAUGGCUAAACAAGAAAACUCCAAUUAUAUCAUUGAAUCUCUUAACCGUCUUAACUUUAUAAGUAUCCUGGUAAACUCCAUUGGCGACUUGGCAACGAUUCUACAGGAGACAUCGCGCGAAGACUCAACUAUACUUCUUUCCGAUUUUUAUGCUAGAUUGGCACUUCUUGUUCAUAUAUCACAAACUCGCUCGGGAGCUACUGCCGUCCUGAAUUCGGGCCUGUUUCAUGCCAUAUUAGCCUCUGGGCUAUUUGCCCUAGAUACCGACCUCGAGAUUGAUUUCGAAGACUCGGAGGCGGUCAGUAGGCAUUAUAGCUUACUUGCGGCAAUCAUGAGGGUCAUAUGUUGUGCUCUCGUAAGUCGCGGCUUGCAAAAUGAACAAAGUUUGGACCAAGGGAGGAGAUUCCUCGCCGACAAUAGAGCUGCCAUAUUGGCAGUACUCAAGAAGUCUGCCGGACUUGGGACUGGGAAUGACUCCGCAGAGCAGAGCAUCGUUGAUAUAUCAGACUCAUUCAUGCUACUCAUGACUAUAACUCGCUUUGUCGACUUUGAAGAGACAAUCAUCCAAAAACGACCCACUCUGAGAUCUUUCACUUGA